AUGGCGGAGCUAUUCACAGGACGCAUAUUAUAUCCUGGAGCUUCUGAGUAUGAUCAGGUGAGUUCAAAUCUAAUAGACACCUGGGUCUAAUUAUAUAUUAAGGUCUCAGUCUGGAAUCCAGAAUGAAUUCAUGUAGAAAGACAUCAUGUAGCUGUUUUUUUUGCUUAUACAGGCUGGAGUCAAAGUGGAAAGAUAAAAUGGUCAAUUUUGUUUAAACUUAGUGAACACUAUUCACCAAACAAAAAAAUUGUAGUGAAUCAAAGAUACAAAAUAGAAACAUUUAGGCAAAAGUGCUAAUUUCAAAGAGUUCUUCAACCUGACUGCUGUCAUACCUUUUAACCUGAAAUUUUGGGAUACGGCUAUUAAUUCACCACAAUCUGGUGUUUAUUAAAUUCAUUUUACUGAGUGCUAGUAUGAAUUAGAACAUUUUUUAAAGCAUCCACGUUAGCAUACUCAGACAGCCUUUAUUUGGUAGUUUAGGUAACUUUCUAUAGAUGCAUUUAGGUGUAUAAAUAAUGUAUUUAUUAAAUCCAAACAUUUUCAUUCUAAGAAGUAAUUGUACUUCAACUUUUAAAUUUGAUAUUUGUAUUUUAACUAAUUUGUGAACAAAAUAAAUAAAUAGUAUCCAUGUAGCAAAAAGAAGUCAAAUCUUUUUAAUAAAAAUGUGUGCAGCAUUAGAAUGUGGAGAUUUGUUUACUCUGUUUUUAUAUAGUUACUAUCACUAUUUGUGUUUGUAACUUUAAGCAAUUUAUAUAUUGAUUUCACAUUCAUUUACUUAAUUUCUCAAAUAUGACUGCAGAAAAUGCUAGUUGUUGAUCAGUUGUGGAAAUGCAGUAAAUCAGACAGAUUCAAGCUGGUGAUUAUGGGUUAUGGGUGAUUAUGGGUACGUUUACAGUUUUAAUAGAAGCUGACGCUACUUGUAUGAAACGUUGUGACCUCUUGCUUCCUCCCUGCAGAUCCGCUACAUCACCGAGACGCAGGGUUUGCCCCCUGAUAACAUGCUCGAUAGGGGAACAAAGACCGAGCUUUACUUUAGAAUCGAUGGAGAUUGUGAAGAUUUAUUAUGGAGUUUAAAGGUGCAAACUUUUAUAUCAACCAUAACCAUAUUUAUAUAAAAUAAAAUGAUAUUUAACCCCUUCAGGACAUCGGGUUAAGCAAACCCUAUGAAAUCAUGACAGUCCCAGCAGAUGAUCUGCCAUGAACUGGUUAAAGCGACAUUUCUGAAUUUGUAUGUCAUUUAUUUUAUUAAGCCAGAGGAAGUUUCACACACUCACAUUCAGUAAUUUGGAAGUUUUGAUGUGAUAUAAAUAACAGAUCCUCCAUAAAGAAUUUUAGCUACUGUUUCCCCUUUCUUAGUCAGCUCUGCAGCUGUAUAUAAUAUAUAAUAAACAUGUACAACCACAUGCUAAAUAAAAACAAAACUGUUUAGACUCAGGGAAGCUGCUGGGUCAGGUAAUGGUAAGACGUGUUUAUUGGUUCUAACACUAGCAGGAAACUCACUGAGACACUGUAGAAUGCUACACUGAGUGAUGUUCCCAUUCCGGAACCUAAUGGACAAUCUUGUUUUUCCUCUUUUUAGAGUAAAAUACACUAUGAAUACGAUACUGGUAUUAGACCAAUGGAAAGACGGAAAUAUGUCUUCAGUUCCCUUGAUGACAUGACGAAGGUACAGUAUUCCUGAGACACUCACAUUUAUCCGAAAAUAGGUAUCACAUGGCAUCUUCCUCUCACCCAUGUGCCAGUCUCUGUGGAACCGCAGAAAAAAUGGCUUAAAAAUUGUCUGGUUGGCUAAGCACAGAUGAGGUGUAGGAGCAAUAUCUUUGUGCUUAAUUUUAGGUGUCAGGAGCAACAUUUUGUGGGCAACAAAAAUGUAUGUGCUUUGUCUGUACGGGAAAACACAAAACAUUUUCCACCUCUAGAUAAACACAUCUUAUAACUGUUUUCAUCUUUGCUUAAAUGCACUUCAGUUUUGUCGUAAUGUUUGGAUGUUACAUUUUCCCUUUUUCAAUAUUUGUGUAAGUGUAGCUGUUUUUAAAAAUAUAUAUUAUGAAGGUAUAAAAGAAGAAUCCUUUUCUUGAUUUUUGCGCCCCUGUCUUAUCUGCAGAUACCUAUUUUGUUAAAAGUGUCUUAUGAUCUGUCUAGAACCCUUACUAGUGUCAUCGAUGUCAUUGUGGCUUUUCACCACUGAGCCCAACAAACACUACAGAAGUAGGGGGUUAGGUAGGGAGUACUGAGAAGCAGUCAGAUCACUUAUUGUAGUUACUACCAUUACCAUUAAUGUUGGCCCUAUGAGCAGUGGUGUAUCCUGGUUUUGUGCUGCCCUAGGGAGGACAAAACUCAGGCACCCCCUCCCCCUGCGCCACCCCCACCCAACCCUUCCCCCCGCCCCACCUUCUAAAUACACACACACACAAACAGUCAGACACACACACAGUCAGACACACACACACACAGUCAGACACAAACACACACACACACAGUCAGACACACACAGUCAGACACAAACACACACACAGUCAGACACAAACACAGUCAGACACAAACACACACACACAGUCAGAUACAAACACACAUACACACAGUCAGACACAAACACACACACACACACAGUCAGACACAAACACACACACACAGACAGACACACACAGACACACGCACACACACAAACACACAGUCAGACACAAACACACAGUCAGACACACACACAGUCAGACACAAACACACACACACAGUCAGACACACACACACACACACACACUCACAUUAACACUUUUUUUUUUUUAUCUAACCCCCCCCCAGCCUCCUUACCUUUGGGAAUGCUGGGGGGGUGUUCCUCUCUCUCCCUGGGGGUCCAGUGGCUGCUGGUCGGGCACCCAGCCUCACUCUGCGACGCGCGAGGGAGCUGAGCAGACCGCUCAGAGGAAGAGCUCCCUCGCCAGCUGCCCGCACGCCCGCCCAUCACCCAGCGCCGCCCGCCAGCCCAGCAUGUCAGUUAGCCGCAAGGCUAACUAGGCAUUUGCCCUGGGCAUUUGGGGGGCGGCGUUUUUUUGCCGCCCCCUGAAAAAUGCUGCGCAAGGCAAAUACCUUGUUUGCCUCGCGGCUAAUACCUCCCUGCCUAUGAGACCGAAAACAAAUGAUGACUUUGCAUAAUUUUUUAAUUAAUAAUUACCUUACUAAAAAUAUCAUCUUAUUAUACACAGUUUCUUUCUCCUCAGGUAAUUAUACCAUCAAAACUAGAGAGCAGUGACACUCUGGUGGAGAUGGGAGACAUUUGGCAGUUUAUUGAUCUGAUAAAGGAGAUGCUUGCUAUGGAUCCAUGCAAGAGAAUAACUCCCAUCGACCUUCUCAGCCAUCCCUUCAUCACCAUGGCUCAUCUCCAACACUUCACACGGAGUUCAUAG